CGGCGGGAAAAUCGCCGUUAGGGUUUGGUUUUUCGCUUAUUUCUUCUUCUUCGAACGCUUCCCCUUCCCUCUCUGGAGACUGUGGAAUCAAUCAAUCAUGAGGACGAGGACGGUGAAGCGAGAAUCGGAAGCCACCGGAGAAGCCAGUGGCAGCAGAGACGCCGGCGAGUCGGAGAGGUUUAGGUCUGUGAAAAGGGAGAAAAACAAAGGCGUAGCUACAACCUCCGUGCGAAUUGCCUCGCAGCCGACUCAGGGAGGAGAAGAAGAAGAAGAACAUGAACAGGGAGUAUCUGAUCGGAGGGUUCUCAGAUCUCAGUAUCUCGCUCUAAUCAACAAAAUCAGCGAUUCUAAAGAUGAUAUGACGAGUGUUGAUUCUGACAAAUUCUCCAGAAUUUUCAGUGAAUUUGAGAAUCUCCACCAGAAAGUUCAGAAGCCUAGGGAGCAAAUUGCAGAUGCAGAGGCGUUUCUGGAUAUAGCAAACACAAUGUUGUCAUCCGUCAAGUCUCAGUCUGCUAACGGCGUUUCUCCCGCUGAGUUUGUGAAUGCUUUGGUCAAUGGGUUUGGUCAGGCUCCUCUAGGGAUCGAUGAUGCUGAUGAAACUGCGGCCUCUGUAUCUAUCAAAUGGAAUGAUCUUGGGCUUGCUGUCUGUUCUACUGUUUUGGUCUCGUGUGGCUGUUCCACUAUGUUGGGACCUAUGGACACUGAACUGAAGGAGAGGAAAAGGGCAGUCUACAGAAAACGUACAAAGCCUGGUGAAGGCGUUCGUCCCGAUGAGGUAGACGAUACGCAAUCAGAAGAGAAAACUGAUACAGACAAGAAUAUGGCGAUAAUGUUUAACAUCUUACGGCAAAAGAAGCGCGUGGGGCUUGAGAAUUUGGUGCUCAACAGAAGAUCAUUUGCGCAGACUGUCGAGAAUUUGUUCGCUCUAUCUUUCUUGUCCAAAGACGGACGAGUAGAGAUCAUUGUUGACAAGAAUGGCUCACAUUUUGCAUUGCCGAGAAACGCACCCGCUGCGAACCUGGUGGCGUCAGGGGAAGUCACUUACAACCAUUUUGUGUUUAGAUUCGAUUUCAAAGACUGGAAGCUUAUGUCUGAAAUGGUGCCGAUGGGGGAAGAGCUAAUGCCACACAGAGAAACUGCAGUCGCUUCAUCUUCUUGUCCCUCAGACUUCCCACAAGAUUCUCAGACAACACCGAUAAGAAAACUCUCUAGAAACAGAGGUUUGAUUGUACAAGAAGACACUGUUGUAGAAGACUCUCCUGACGUUGAGGGCGAUGGAACUCGAAGGAGAUGUAAGCGGAAACUCACUUGAGAAGAGUCUCGUUGUAGGGAGUAUAUAGAGUAGUGAGCUAAAAGAAAACUCAUUUUGGUGUUUGGUUUUGUGACAUUUAACUUAAUGUCUUCUUUAGGAUGGCUUUAUUCAUGGUAGGUUUUGUUUUGACAACUCUUAACCCUUUUUUAAGUUUGAUCAAGAGAGGCAUUCAUCUAAUAAA